AAAGCAACUCUCUUUCGCCCUCCUACGGUCGUCCUACCCUUCCCCCUCUCGCAGUCUCGCUUGGCAACCGGCGGCGCCGCUGCCGCCGCCGCAGUCGGACACAAGGGAGGCACGUGCGCCCAGCGAACACCAAGCUCAAGGUAGGAGACCGUACGGGCGAACCUCUGCAGCGGCGGCAGGAGCUUGCGUGACCUGGGCGGAGUGAGCCGAUUGAGGCGCAUAUUGGCUGCGCUUGUUGGCCGCCUCUAGGUUACUUGCAGGCCGCGGAUUCUGAGCUCUUACUCCAUGGCGCCCUCGUCCGCAGAGGCUGACUCGCCGGCGUCCGCCAGCGGCCGCCUCCUCGUGCUCUACGCGUCACAAACUGGGAACGCCAUGGACGCCGCAGAGCGUGUCGGCCGCGAGGCGGAACGUGGUGGCUGCCCGGCCGUCGACGUGCUGUCCAUGGAUAGCUUCGAUCCCAGUCGCUUGCCGAGCGAGCGGUUCGUGGUCUUUGUGGUGUCCACCACGGGGCAGGGCGAUCCCCCGGAUUCCAUGAAGGGGUUUUGGAGAUACCUGCUUCGGAAGGAUCUGGACAGACAAUGGCUUAAGGGGAUCCAUCAUGCAGUGUUUGGACUCGGGGAUUCAGGCUACCAGAAGUACAAUUUUGCUGCAAAGAAGCUUGAUAGAAGGCUUUUACAUCUUGGUGCAGAACCGGUUCUAGAGAUAGGCCUGGGAGAUGACCAACACCCUUCAGGAUACGAAGGGGCUUUAGAUCCUUGGUUGCUCUCUUUGUGGAAAUCUCUGAAUGAAAUUAAUCCAUCAUUGUUACCUAGAGUGUCUGAUAUCAAUGAUUCUAAUUUGAGUAUUUUGGGGGAUCCAAAAGUUCAUGUCAUUUAUUACUCUUCCAAUGAAGUUCCACAAGAUUCUGUACUUUCAGACCCCAGUAAAAUAAUAAGUAGCGCAAGAUCAAUGUCCCCUGCACUACGGUUCCAUGCUGAUGCAGAGCCAGCUUACAUGCUCCAAAUGGUAAAAAACAAGUGUUUGACUAAGGAGGGUUCUGAUAGAGAUGUUCGCCACUUUGAAUUGGAAGAUCCAUCUUCUGCCAUCAGCUAUAAAAUUGGUGAUACUCUUGAAAUUCUACCUAGUCAAAAUCCAUCAGCUGUCGAUGCCUUCAUUGAACGCUGUAACUUGGAUCCAGAUUGUUACAUAACGGUUCAAGUGAGAAGUGGGGAUAAAGUUUCCAAUGAUUCAGUUGUGAAUAGCCAGAUGGACCGUAUCAAAUUAAGGACCUUUGUUGCUUUGACAAUGGAUGUUGCGUCAGCUUCCCCUCGGCGAUAUUUCUUUGAGGUCAUGAGCUUUUUUGCAACAAGCGAACGUGAAAAGGAGAGGCUUCAGUAUUUUGCUUCUCCUGAAGGAAGAGAUGAUCUUUACCAGUACAAUCAGAAGGAGAGUAGGACUGUUCUAGAGGUGUUGGAGGAUUUUCCUUCAGUGCAAAUGCCUUUUGAAUGGCUGGUGCAACUAACACCUCCACUGAAGAAAAGAGCCUUUUCCAUCUCAUCAUCCCCACUGGCACACCCAAAUCAAAUUCAUUUGACCGUUAGCAUUGUAGCAUGGGUUACUCCAUUCAAGAGAACCCGACGUGGACUCUGCUCUACAUGGCUGGCCGGGCUCAAUCCAAAUAAAGACAAUCUUAUCCCGUGUUGGAUACACCAAGGAUCCCUGCCUCCUCCACGUCCAUUGGUUCCUCUCGUGUUGAUUGGACCAGGAACAGGGUGUGCACCAUUCCGUGCAUUUGUGGAGGAAAGGGCUGCACAGGCUGCAGCAGAGCCAACAGCCGCGGUUAUGUUCUUCUUUGGCUGUAGAAACCAAGAUAACGAUUUUCUAUACAAGGAUUUCUGGUUAACUCAUGCCCAGGAUGAGGGGGUGUUGUCCUCGAAAAAGGGUGGUGGUUUAUUUGUUGCUUUUUCCCGGGAUCAGCCUCAAAAGGUCUAUGUGCAACAUAAGAUAAAGGAACAUAGUUCAAGAGUGUGGAACUUAUUACUGUCCGAUGCAGUUAUUUACAUUGCGGGCUCUUCGACGAAAAUGCCCGCUGAUGUUACAGCUGCACUGGAGGAGGUUAUUUGUAAAGAAGGUGGUGUCAAACAAGAGGAUGCUUCAAAAUGGCUCAGGGAUCUUGAAAGAGCUGGUAGACUUAACAUCGAGACUUGGUCAUAGUUGUGAUGGUUUCUAUCUGCCAUGGCAAGAAAGUACAUAUUACAAGAAUUUUGCGAAUGUUUGCUGAGUAUGGACUAGGGAGAAUGUCAUUGUAAAUCAAAGGCAUUGAAAAUGUGGAAAUUUGUACAUGUAAAAGCAUCCAAUACGGAAGAGAAAUAGUUAGAGGAUGAUCUAACAUUUCCUCAUUUAGCCCUCUCUACGGAAUGUCAUUUCAUUUGAUUAAGUGAGGACAGUAAUUACAUCAGCUUUUGUUGCAUCUGAUUGUUAGUGUGCAUUCAACUUAUCUAGCCCUGUUUCAGUUCAGUUAACGAACUUAUAAUGACUUUGGAACUAUUUUUGUAUUUAGUGGCCACUCUGGAAUUUUACUACUCUUAUCAAACAGUGCUUCAUGUUUGUUUGUUAGUGAUACUUUUCUAUGUAAA